UGUAUAUUCAAUAAAUUAGAUAAAAUGUCAGACGCUAACGAAGAAGAUAGCCACGUUCCAGCCUACACCCCAUCAAAAAAAGUCACUGUUGACGAAUUAAUGAAACAAGAUGCUGAAGAUGAAUCAUUAAGAAAAUAUAAAGAAGCUCUUUUAGGUAAAGCUGUCAGUGGUCCAUCAGAUGAUCCAAGAAAACUUGUUAUUAAAGAAAUGAAAAUUGUUUUCGAAGAUCGUGCUGGUGGUAACGAAAUUACCUACCCACUCGAUACUCCAGAAUUAAUCCAAGCCAUGAAAGAAAAACCAUUUGUUAUCAAAGAAAAAUGCCACUACAAGAUUGUUUUAACUUUCAAAAUUCAACACGAUAUUGUUUCUGGUCUCAAACAAAUAAACACUGUUUACAGAAAAGGACUCAGAGUAAGCAAAGAAGAAACCAUGUUAGGUUCAUUUGCUCCACAAGCUGCUACUCACUCUGUCUCAUCACCAAGACAUGGUUGGGAAGAAGCUCCAUCAGGUAUUCUUGCUCGUGGUAGUUACACUGCUAAAGUUGUUUUCGUUGAUGAUGAUAAAAACGAACAUUUAUCUGUCGAAUAUGGCUUUUCAAUCAAAUCUGAUUGGAAAUCAGACGAAUAAAAAAAUAACAAAAACCUCAUCAUAUUUAAAAAAUAAUAUAAACCAUUACCUUUUGCUAUAAAUAAAAAACCACUCCUCACUCCCUUUUUUUGAUUGUAUCAAU